UGUCACUUUCGGUUUCUGAGUUACUGCAGCUAGCUAGUCCGCGCUGGCAGCAGAGCCCCUUCCUCAUAGAGACCGAUCCCCAAGCAGGAGUCCCCAGGCCUGGAUACGACCGUCUUUCACUGAUAGUGAGAGUGCAGCUUCGACCCGUCUGUCCCUUCUGUAGACUCAUCCGCUCCAGAGACCCAGAGGCGCGCCCCCUGAAAUCAACCCGAGGACACUUCACUAACUGCUGGACAUAUCAUCAUUUUAUCCUUACAGUCACUCUGGUGGGUAGGAGCAGGUGUGAUGGAGACCAUCAAUCACUCAGGGACUCUCUUCAAAUUCCUUGUCUCCUUCCUCCUCCUCGACAUACCCACUCAGGCCUCAGAUGACUUCUUAGUGUUUGGACCUACAGCACCUGUCCAGACUUCAGUGGGAGGAGAAGCAGCAUUAUCAUGUCACCUGUCACCUCCUCAGAAUGCCCAGAAUAUGCUAGUGCUCUGGUCCAAAUCCCAGGAUACAGUAUAUCGCUAUGAAAAGGGAGAGGAACCUUCGGACGAGCAGUCGCCUAAUUACCAAGGGAGGACAGAGCUGGUGAAAGAUGCCAUCACUGUGGGGAAUGUCACACUGAAGAUAUGGAAUGUGAAACCUUCAGAUGCAGGAGAGUAUAUAUGUUCUUUUUCUGAUAUGUCACAAUCAGCAAAAGCAUCAGUGGAGCUGAAGGUCAUAGAACCACCAACCCUAUUUGAGUCCUAUCCUGUCUGGUGGAGUGUGAUUGGCAUCCUGGCAUUGGGGCAGCUCAGCAUCCUCUUUUACUACAGCUGGAAAACCUACCAGUUCAGAGAGAAUUUCCUAGUCAGUUGGACUCAUAAGGCGGGAGUGGUGAUCCUGGCAGUUUUUUGGUGUUUGCUGAUGAGUUUCCUUAUUUACUACAUCGUGGAUAUGUCUGGCUGUAGAGGCAUGGAAGACCUGGAUGAGUGGGUUCAGAAGGACCAGGUAUAUUUGGCACUGUUGACAUUCCUUCCUCUACUGCCAACACUCCUAUUUGUGGCUGUUGAUUUCCAUGGCAAGCGCAGGGCAAGAGCGAACUCUGCUCGAAAUCGAUCUGGACAACAUACAGAAAGUAUGAGCCUGAAUGCAUCAAGUUGACAUGUAUAAGAAGCAGCAACAGCAACAGAUUUUGUGACUCUGCCUUUCCAUUAUCCUAAUGAAGAGGAUUUAGUUCCCUUCCCUGAGUCUCCAUCAUCCUAUCCUAGACUUUCUUUACUCCCAUCCUUCUCUCACAUCCACAUGCCUUAUUUUUUAAAUUUUUUAUUUAGUAUUUUAUUUUUCCCCAGUUACAUGUAAAAACAAUUUUAAUAUUUGUUUUUAAAACUUUGAGUUCCAAAUUCUCUCCCUCCCCAUCCCCCUGCAUUGAGAUCGUAAGCAAUUUGAUAUAGAUUAUACAUGCGUGGUCAUGCAAAACAUAUUCGUAAUAGUCAUGUUGUAAAAGAAAACAUAGACAAAAAACAACUCAAGAAAAAUAAAGAAAAAGCGUGCUUCAAUCUGU